GCGGCGGCGUUAGGUGGUCAUGCUCUCGACGGUUGCGGCGAAUUCAUGCCGUCUCCGUCGUCAAUCUCCUCCGAUCCAACUUCUCUCAAAUGUGCUGCUUGUGGCUGCCACCGUAAUUUCCACCGCCGUGAUCCAGACAACAACAACGACUCAUCACCAAUCCAUCCUCCUCCUUCCGCCGCCGUAGAGUAUCAACCUCACCACCGUCAUCAUCCACCACCACCACUACCUCCACCACCGCCACGUAGUCCUAACUCAGCUUCUCCUCCACCAAUCUCUUCCUCUUACAUGCUCUUAUCUCUCUCCGGAACUAAUAACAACAACAACAACUUAGCUUCUUUCUCCGAUCUCAAUUUCUCCGGCGGAAACAACCACCACCACCACCACCAUCAACAUACUCUUCACGGUUCUCGUAAAAGAUUCCGAACAAAAUUCAGUCAGUUUCAAAAAGAGAAGAUGCAUGAAUUCGCCGAACGACUUGGUUGGAAGAUGCAAAAACGUGACGAAGACGAUGUUCGUGAUUUUUGCCGGCAGAUCGGAGUUGAUAAAAGUGUUCUUAAAGUUUGGAUGCAUAACAACAAAAACACCUUUAACCGCCGUGAUCUCGCCGGAAACGAGAUCCGGAAGAUUGAUAACGGCGGAGGAAACCACACUCCGAUUCUCUCCGGCGAGAUUAACAACAAUAAUAUUGGACACCACGGCGGUGGAGGAGGAGGAGAGCUUCACCACAGUGUUAGUAGCGGCGGUGGCGGAGGAUUUGAUAGUGAUAGCGGCGGAGCUAACGGCGGUAACGUUAACGGAUCGUCGUCGUCGUGAAGUUAAAGAUGAGAGUCUUUCAGAUUAAUAAGGAGCUUAAGAGUAA